ACUUAAAAUACAGUGGAUUCCAAUUUCGAACGUAUCAUAUCUUUGUACCUACGUAUUGUCCCUAUAAAAUGUUCCAAUCGUUAAGUUCUCAAACUAUAAUUUAUGUUCAUUUUUCAUUUUCUACAAUUUCGACAUUUUUAUCAUAUAAACUUUCAUAGAUAUAAACUAACGUUACGAAUGUUUUGAAACGAUAACAUUACUACGAGGUAUUAUUUUCUUUUCGAUAAAAACUGACACAAAUGAACGCUUACAGAGCGAUCAAAUAGAAAAGCAUAUCGCGGCAAUAACAAAACGUAAUUUCCGUUAACAAGUUGAAAAAUAACGUAGACAUCUUUUGUGCCGUAACUCGUGUCAAUAGAUCUCGUAAUGUACGCGGACGUAACCAUAAGAUAAACGGUAGAGUUCCUUUUAGUGACAAAGUGUUCAGUCAUCUUUUUCUAUUAUACAGUAAUAUCAUUGAUAAUAAACGGCGAAUAGCAAUCCAAAUUAAAGUUGUCUUUCGUUGUUUUCCUUUUUUUUUUUUUUUCUUCCUCCCCCCCCCGCACCCCCCCUCAUAUUUUUAUAAUAUUUUUAUAAUAUCGUGCUUUUGUGACUUUUCACUUUGAAAAAUACGGCGCACGACACAUUUUGCACAAAAUGAUGCAAUUUAUGUUAUUGUUCAGUCGUCAAGGGAAGUUGCGCUUGCAAAAGUGGUAUGUUGCACAUCCAGAUAAAUUGAAGAAGAAGAUCACGAGAGAAUUAAUUACUACAAUACUUGCGAGAAAACCAAAAAUGUCAAGCUUUUUAGAAUGGAAAGACGUUAAAGUCGUUUAUAAAAGAUACGCGAGUUUGUAUUUCUGUUGCGCUAUAGAGCAGAACGACAAUGAAUUGCUUACCCUUGAAAUUAUACACCGUUACGUCGAGUUAUUGGAUAAAUACUUUGGCAGUGUAUGCGAGUUGGAUAUAAUCUUUAAUUAUGAAAAAGCAUAUUUUAUAUUGGACGAAUUACUAGUUGGCGGUGAGAUACAGGAAACAAGCAAGAAGAAUGUGUUGAAAGCCAUUGCAGCUCAGGAUUUACUACAGGAGGAGGAAACCCCUCAAGGAUUUUUCGAAGAUCACGGAUUGGGAUAAUAUUUUUAUCAAGAGUUCUAUUUUCUUUCCAAUUGGCAAGACAUUCUAUGGGAAUGGUUCUAUCAUUCCAGGACAUUGAUUGCAUCAUUGUAUGUGUAAGCUACUACUUUACUUAAACUAUUAAGAAUCAGUAACGCAAAAAAAAUCUCCUAAGAAUCAGUAAAUGUUAUUUUCAUUAUAUACAAUAUUAAAAUUAUUAACAAUUUUAAUAAGAGAUAUGUUAUUCUACUAUCGAAAAUUAUUCAAAGAUUUAAUUAAGUUAAAGAUUAGCGUAAUAAAUGUAUUACGCCAAGUCACCGGUCAGUAUUUCUAAAUUAGAUACACAGUCGUUUUGCAAUUAGCAAUGUUACAUAUCAAGUAAACGAAGGAAGACUUUGGAAUGAAUUAUUUUACUUAUAUUACUUCAUAAUCAUAAUUUUUCAAGUUGUAUACAUUUUAUUUUCAUACCGACCUAAUGACUGAUGCAUCAUUCGUAAAAUGUACUUACAAAUAAUUAUUAUUAUUAUAUUGUUUAUACAAGUAAUUAAUGAUUGCAUUUAGAUAGACUGCUCUGUUGGACCUUGGGUGCAUAAUUAUAUUUAGUUAACCCGUGUAAACGUGUAUAUAAAUAUAGUAUGAAAGUUAUAUAGAUUUUUUUUUACUCGACAAUUUAGCAUUAUACUGUUGAUGAUCGCAUAGACGAAUUUAUAUUUAAGGAAGGCUAUUGUUAUCGAAUACAUAGUAAAUUACAAUUAUAUUUUCAGAUAUUUGUUAAUUAUGCAUUUCAAUAUAUACUCCAACUAGGUUUAUCACGUUUGAUCAUUAUAUCAUGUUAUAAUUUUCUCUUUGAAAAUAUAAUAUUCUCCCUAAUUUAUCUAACAAAAAGAAAGAAAAAUAAUAUUUGACUAUUUAACAUAUUUAUACUACUUAUCUAUAAGGGGCACAUCAAAAGUAUAUGAGUAUUAAAGAUUGCUUCAAAUUAAAAUGUUUAUAGGAUAUAGGUGACUCCUGUUAUACGAAUUCUUUCAUUUUACGAAAUUUCGUUGAAUUAUCUUUCGCAUAUGUACAUAUGUGUGUGUGCGCGCGCGUAUAUAUAUAUAUAUAUAUAUAUAUAUGUACAUACAUAUGUGUGUGUGUGUGUGUGUGUGUGUGCGCGCGCGCGCGCGUGUGCGCGUGUAUAUAUAUAAUAUCUAAACAAAUCCAUAUUUUAUUUGAAGUUAUUAUUAAUAUUAUCAAUGGUGGGGGAAAAAUGAAUUUUGAGGGACAGAUGACAUGUUUGCUGCAUUUUGUUUACGGAAAACUCACAAAUUUUCGUUUUACGAGAAAUGGAUUUAAUUAAUUCGUAAAAGCGGGAGCUAUCUGUGUAUUGAAGUUAUUCUUCAAUUUAAAAGUGACAAUAAUAUACUUACAUACAUGUAUAUAAUAUAUGUAUGUGUAUAUAAAUAUAUAUAUAUAUAUAUAUAUAUAUAUAUAUAUAUAUAUAUGUUUGUGUGUAUGUAUAUAUAUAUAUAUAUAUAUAUAUAUAUAUAUAUAUGUAUGUACAUGUAUAUGUAUAUGCAUGUGCAAAUGCAUAUGCAUAUGUACAUGUAUAUGUAUAUGCUAAAGUAUUAUCUCACAGUAUUUAGAUAAAGGAUUAUAUAACAUAUCGUUUGGAUAAAUGGUACCCAUCAGUCGUCUGAUUUUCUUCAUUAAACGCAGUUAACUAUAACGUAGAGCUACGUAACAGGAUUGCAAAUUAAAAAGUGCAAACUGAUUAGAUCCAUCGCUGAAAUGAAAGAAAUUGGAAUAACUGUAUAAUUGCUUUGUAGGAAAUAUUCAUAAGUGGCCCAAAAGCCAUUUAACUUGUCGGAAGCUUUAUCGUUACACGUCUAUUUUGUGAAAAUAUUUUCACAAAUUAUAAUCGUAUAAUUAAAAAGAAUAAAUUGAUCGUUGUUUACAUAAUAUCAAACGAGAGGAUGAUAUGAAAGUUAGAAGAAAAAUACGAUAGAAAAUGUAGUUAACAUUAUUUUGAUUUUAUCUCGUAGGAUUUCAAAAUAUUUGCCUUAAACGCAGAUAUUUUUCAUCGCAGUGUAAUCAAAAGUAGGUCAUAAAAUAUUUUAUAUCCUAUGUUAUCUAUCAUCGACUGCACACAUUUAUAAAAAGAAAAAAGAAAAAAAGAAAAAAAUAUUGAUAGGAUAACAUUUACCGAUGUUAAAAUUAAAAUAUGUAUGUAUUUUAUGUUAAGAGUAGAAAAGUAUAUGUCGCAUUGACAAACGAUGCUUUGUGCUCCGUCCAUAAUAAAGGAAACAAAUAUAUAUGAAUAAAUGUAUCCUCUAUCGCCUUUUGUCACCCCCUUAGGCCAUGACGCGUCUACGGAUCGUCGGGCGAAUGUUUUAUCCAUGAUGGAUCCACCGAUCGUCAAAUCCAUCCUUUUUAAUCCCUUUGCAGAUUUUAUCCAUUUGUGUAUCGAAUAUUAUUUUGACGCCAUCAAGAUAGAUCGAGUUCGUAUAAGUAGUAUAAUUUAUGUUUCGUCCGACGAUAUAACGCUCGUCAGAAACGUCCAACUUUCUAACGGGGCACGUGCCUAUUGGCUCGUACGAAUGAAUAGAAACGUUAGAGACUUGGAAAAAGGAUGUGGGACGAAGAUAGUCCGAGGAUGGGAAACAUUUCUCUCUAUAAUUCCCACUCGUUCCGUUAUUGAAAAAUCAGAAACAGCACGCUGUCAUGUGAUUCACAUAACAGUUCGACUCGCUUUCAUACGUCGUUUCUUUUGUGUUGGAUCAGGAAUACCGACAAUGGUACCAUUCUAUGCUGGACUUACUUUUUCAUUCGAUUCACGCGAGUUCUCUAGAACGAUCCGAAAAUGGUAUCGAGUAAACCAUUCGAAUACAACGUGCUGAUAAAUAUCAAAUCUCUUGGCAUAAGCUAAAGAAAAAAUAAUGAUAGGAAAAGUACCGACGUUAAACGGAGGUGAGUGAUGCACGUCAGCGUGUGCCAGCUCUAAACUAUUUCAGCUAGGCAUUGCUCCGUUAUCGUCGUCGUCGUCGUCGUCGUCGUCGUCGUCGUCGUCGUCGUCGUUAUCAACGUCGGCUCGACAACGUUGGAUGACGUCUUCCCCUACCAUUUUUCGAAAACCCAUUAACCAGCGUAGUUUUAUCUCGUAUACGCGCGUAGAUAAAUAAGUAAAAGUGUACCGUUAAAAAGGAGCAAUAACUUGUCCAUUUUAAUGGCUCAUUCAUCCCUGACACGGAGAAUCGUUAGGAACGAUCCUAACGGAAUUCUCAUAGAUAUUCGAUUAUUUUCCGAUAAUAUUUAAAAUAGAAAAGAAAUGGAGCAAGUGAUCCUCCCUUUUCGUUUUCUAUUUUUCAAAUGGAUAUCAAAUCGAAGAAAAAGGGCCGCGUAAUCGAGUACAAUUUCGGUAGCUUAGAAGCUAGGAGCUUUAGUCAAGUAAAGUCUCAAACGUCGACCUAAAUGGCAAGGAUAGACGAAAGAGGCAAAUGUUGAACAUCUGAUUGCAAGUAGCAGGGUGGAGCGCGUUUGGUAGCGGCUGAGUCGACUUUACGGAAAGAGAAAGAGGGGGAGAGUUAGGACGAGAAAGAGCAAGCGCAACGUUUUGCACUACGUUGACGCUGACGGCGACGUAUGCAAUGGUGGGAGAUGAAUCUUUGAUAACCCGGGCAAAAGUAAUACUCUAAUAUAAUAUCUUGUCUCGUAAUUUUCAUAGGUGAAAAAAAAAUUUCUAUCAUU